CAUUUGUUUAUCGACGUUUUAACGUUAUAAAACAGUAUCCAGUCUACAAUAAGAAACAUGGCGAAGUCACGAAAACGUGGUGCAUCAUCAAAUAUUGCCCUGGAUGCGUCAAGACAGAAAAAAUUUAACCAGGCUGUACACAGAAUUAAGCAGAAUGUGACAGAAGGACAGUCAGAUUCUAGUGUUGUGUAUGUAUCGCAUCUACCAUGGGGAUUUGAAGAGAAGCCUCUCAGAGAAUACUUCGAGCAGUUUGGCAAAAUCAAGCAGUUACGCGUUUCCAGAAGUAAAAAGACUGGAAAUUCUCGUGGUUUUGCAUACAUUCAGUUCACCCAUAAUGAAGUAGCCAAAAUAGUUGCUGAAACCAUGAACAAUUAUCUCAUGUUUGGAAAACUUAUCAAAUGUAAACAUCUGCUGAAGCCUCAUCCAAACACAUUUAAACAUGCUAAUAGAGGGUUCAUCAAGCCAGGGGCUGUUGCAGGGGCAAUAGCCAAACAUAACAGUGAGAAGUCAGACAGUGCUGUCGAGAAAAGUCAAAGGAAGAUGCUGGGCAAACUGGCCAAGAUACAGGCCAAACUAGCGGCUGAAGGCAUACAGUAUAAAGUGGAAGAUUCUCACUUGAAUGAAGUGAAAAAAGAACUAAAGGAGAAAGCAGAGGCCAAGAAAAUGCUCAGGGAACAGAAUGACAAAAAGAAACAAGCAAAGACAGGAAAGAAACAAACUGCUAAAGUAAAAUCAGAUGAUGAGGGUGAUGAUGAUUCUGAUUCUGAUUCUGAAAAUGACGAUUCUGAAGAUGAUGAUUCUGAUGAUGAUAGUGACAGUGAUGAUACAGAAGCAACAGAAACACAAGGAACAAAGGAAAAUAAAAAUAUAGGGCAGAAAACACCUAAACAUUUGACAAGUAAAUCAUUAAAAAGUGGUCAAGCAGAAAAUAGAAGUACAAAGAAAAGACAAUCAUUGAUUCCUAAUGAAGUGGACACACCUAAAGGUAAAAUGAAUGUUUUGAUAGAAGAUAGCAGUGAAGACGAGAUAUCAUUCAAAACUCCGCCACGUUCAAUAAAAUCCUCUAAGUUGGACGAUACAUUAAAAUCAAUGAAGGCAACACCAGUGUCCACUGAGAAAAGAUCACCAAAAAGAAAGCUGAAUGAGAAGACACCAAUGUCAAAAGGAACUGUUACACCAAAACCAGAAGUUCUAGAGAAGAAGAGAAAGUUAACACCUAAAUCUGCGCAAAAGACGAACACUCCAAAAGUAGUUCAUAGUAAGAAACAGGAAAUGGUCACACCUAAAAGUGAAUGUAAAAGUAGUGACAGAUCCCAGUCAGGAAAGAAAACACCAGCUAAAAAGACUUUACCAUCAGAGAGUAAAAAGAAACAGCUCAAAAAGUAACAUUAUGAGUAGUUAUGUAGCCUGUUACUUCAAAUAUUCAAAGUACAGUAAGUUUUGCCUGAAGACUACCGGUAUAUUGGGUUUUUUUCUUCAGGAACUGUUUUCUGUCACAGUUUCCUGAUUUUGUUUAAUCAGAUGAUAAGUUAGAGAAACAAUAUUAAUGAUUGUACUACUGUUGUUGAAAUGUAUCGGACCAGUUUAUUGAAGUUUGAAAAAGGUUGUCUGAUGUUUACAAAGAAAGAAAAGAACAGAAAUUAUCAGAGUAAAGAAUGUAAUAAACUUA